ACCCUGAGCACAGAAUAAAUUCUCUUUACCCCAAAACAACGUCACAGAGCCAGGACAAGUGCGGUCCCUCAGAACCAGCCUGGUGGUCUGCAGGGAGGUUUGAGGCCCUCCCCAUGCCUGCACCCGCGGGGCGAGCCAGGGCUCACCCACCACAACCUGAGCUCUGGGAGCCUGGCCAGAGCUGCUGAGGACCGGGAUCCUGAGGCUGACAGCCAAACCCAGGAGGUUCUGUCCAGGCCGGGCAGCACAGGAAGGAACGAAGCCAGGAGCGCCUCAAAGUCCAGCUGGUGGUGAGUGACUCUAACAAGAAGCAUGGAGCUGGCAACAAUGGGGCCUGGAGUGUCAGGAAAUGGGGUCAGGACUGUGACAGCUCCACGCUCAGCGCUAGGCUCCGGAGUCAGCCUGCACGCCUACGACAUUGGGGUCCUGGUUGUCUACUUCAUCUUUGUCAUUGGUGUAGGGGUCUGGUCAUCCAUUCGCGCGAGCCGAGGCACAAUUGGUGGCUACUUCCUGGCGGGGAGGUCCAUGAGCUGGUGGCCGAUUGGAGCCUCUCUGAUGUCCAGCAACGUGGGCAGUGGCUUGUUCAUUGGCCUGGCUGGGACAGGAGCCGCUGGAGGUCUUGCUGUGGGCGGCUUCGAAUGGAAUGCAACCUGGCUGCUUCUGGCCCUGGGCUGGAUCUUCGUCCCCGUGUACAUCGCCGCUGGGGUGGUCACGAUGCCGCAGUAUCUGAAGAAGCGGUUCGGCGGCCACAGGAUCCAGGUGUACAUGUCUGUCCUGUCUCUUAUCCUCUACAUCUUCACCAAGAUUUCUACUGACAUCUUCUCUGGAGCUCUCUUCAUCCAGAUGGCCUUGGGCUGGAACCUUUACCUCUCCACGGCGAUGCUGCUGGUGGUGACGGCCAUCUACACCAUUGCUGGGGGCCUCACGGCCGUGAUCUACACAGAUGCCUUGCAGACGGUGAUCAUGGUGGGGGGCGCCCUGGUCCUCAUGUUUCUGGGCUUUCAGGAGGUAGGCUGGUACCCAGGCCUGGAGCAGCGCUAUAGACAGGCCAUCCCUAAUGCCACAGUCCCCAAUACCACCUGCCAUCUCCCCCGGUCUGAUGCCUUCCACAUGCUCCGGGACCCUGUGAAUGGGGACAUCCCUUGGCCUGGCCUCAUUUUCGGGCUUACAGUGCUGGCCACGUGGUGCUGGUGCACGGACCAGGUCAUCGUGCAGAGGUCUCUCUCUGCCAAGAAUCUGUCCCAUGCCAAGGGGGGCUCUGUGCUGGGGGGUUACCUGAAGAUCCUGCCCAUGUUCUUCAUUGUCAUGCCUGGCAUGAUCAGCCGGGCCCUGUACCCAGAUGAGGUGGGCUGUGUAGAUCCUGAUGUUUGCCAAAGAAUCUGCGGAGCUCGAGUGGGCUGCUCUAACAUUGCCUACCCUAAGCUGGUCAUAGCCCUCAUGCCUGUUGGUCUACGGGGCCUGAUGAUCGCCGUGAUCCUGGCUGCCCUCAUGAGCUCACUCACCUCCAUCUUCAAUAGCAGCAGCACCUUGUUUGCCAUUGACGUGUGGCUGCGCCUCCGAAGGAGGGCCACCGAGCAGGAGCUGAUGGUGGUGGGCAGAGUGUUCGUGGUGUUCCUGGUUGUCAUCAGCAUCCUCUGGAUCCCCAUCAUUCAGAGUUCCAACAGCGGGCAGCUCUUCGACUACAUCCAGUCUGUCACCAGCUACCUGGCCCCGCCUAUCACCGCCGUCUUCCUGUUGGCCAUUUUCUGCAAGAGAGUCACAGAGCCUGGAGCCUUCUGGGGCCUCAUGUUCGGCCUGGCUGUGGGGCUUGUGCGCAUGAUCCUGGAGUUCUCCUACCCAGCACCAGCCUGUGGGGAGGUGGACCGGAGGCCGGCCGUGUUGAAGGACUUCCACUACCUCUACUUUGCCCUCCUGCUCUGUGGGCUCACUGCCAUCGUCAUCGUCGCUAUUAGCCUCUGUACCAGCCCCAUCCCUGAGGAAAAGCUUGCUCGCCUGACAUGGUGGACACGGAACGGUCCCCACCCUGAGCUGGAGAAGGAAGCCCCAGAGGGCACGCUGGGAACAUUGGAGAUGCCAUCUGGGGUGAGCCCUCCAGGAGAUGGAGGGACAGAGAGCUCCAGCCAGGGCCGGGACCAGCAUGGAGCCCGGUGCAGGCGGUGGGGCCGGCUGUUGUGGGACUGGUUCUGCGGGCUGGCCGGCAGCCCCGAGCCCGCACGGAGCCCUGAGGAGAUGGCCGCGCGCCAGCGGGAGCUGACCAGCAUCGCCGAGGAGCCGCUCUGGAGAACCGUCUGCGACGUCAAUGCCAUCCUGCUCCUGGCCCUCAACAUCUUCCUCUGGGGCUAUUUUGCCUGACUCCGCAGACCUGGCUUCAGUGGAGACCGAGUAAACUGGACCGGAGCCUGGCCGGUCUGUCUUGCUGUGGAAACCAGGGACCAUGGAGGCUGAGCCGGCAGAAGCCCCUGCCCCAGACUGUACACCGGCCACAUGGAGAAAGGGAGACCAGAGAGGGCUCUGGGUUUGCUCAGGGCCACACAGCAGGACUCACACUGGGUCUUCUGACUCCAGCUCUUUUUCCAUUUUACUGCCUAUGUUCCUACCUCAGAAACACUGUUCCCACCCCCUGGGUGCUUCCUUUCGGGAGCUUUUACUGUACAUGUGUGUUGAGGCUUAAACAAGUGGAAGAUAUAAGAAACGGGGUUGCAAGAACAUUGCAAAAGUCCAAGUGCAUCUUUGCUCACUGGCAUCCCUUCCCUCUCCACGUCGUCCCCUACCUCCCUAGUUCCCAACCCCUAGUCAUCUCUUUCCAGCAGGCACCUACUCAGGAGGGCCUUUACUUCCCCUGACAGACCCCAGGGAAUGAGGGGCCAGGGCGGAAUGGAAGUAUGGUGACAGAUGGUGUUUGGGCAGGGAGCUCUGGGGGGGUCUCUCCUUGGUGCUGCUCAAAUUCUGCCCCUUCCCACCAUCACUUCCAAACACUGCAGUCUCCAUGGUCUUGAGGCAUUUGAAGUCCAGUUGGAGAGACAGGACUUGUGAAGAACAGUAGCCAUGCAGAGAGGCCGCAUGGACAGCCUGCGAGCCACUGCCCUGGGCCCGUGCCCCUCUCUCCCUCUGCCUGCCAGGCAUCCACCCAGCCUGGAAAAUACCAUGACCAGAACUAUCUGACACCCACAACCAGGCCAGGAUCCCUCUCCCACUCCCACCUUCUCUGGGCCUGCCUCUGUCACGUACCAAUCACUGUCCUGUGAUGUUUAUCUCCCCAACUAGGUGGGAUAGUCCAAGGGGCAAGGACCAAGAGCCAAGGACCACGUCCCAAGUGACUUUGUACCCAGAAAAUAACAGUGUCCAGUAAAUGGUGACUUAGUAAUACACUAAGGUCCUGGAAGGUUCGCAUGGUGGCUGGCUGGGUUGCAUCCUGGGGAGCCAGCCUGCGGGGAGGAGCCUCCUUCAGCUGGAGUGUACACACCAUGCCUCAGAUGUCCGGAAAGAGAACCCAGUCCUGUCCCAUUGCCAAGGACACAGUGAGAAGGUCCCUUCCUUUCUCUCUCGUGUCUAGGCUGCCCCUAUUCUCAUCUGAUCCUCCUCAGUGCUGUCUCUGAUCAUUAUACUAAUCACUCACCACAACUGGCUACAAAUAAAAUUCUAGUCCUUUGAGGCUUAAACACAGCUGAUUCUAUGAACACCUCCUAUUGGUGCUGCCUCUACAUUUCUGUGACCUCUGACCUUUGACCUCAUCAUUGUCACCUCACCUGGCCAUGCUUUUCCUUGCUGUUCCCCACUGACCUUUACUGGGAACUCAGCUUUCCCCCCUCAUUUUCCCCAAAACCAUUCCCUUGAAGCAUUUGUGUGCCACCAAAAGUACUGAAGGUUUGGGGAAGGAAAGACUCUUAAACCUCAGAGGCACAAUUUAAAAUUAAGUAUUGAACAUCCCUGUUUUGAAAGCUUCCAGCAGCCUCUGAGGGUUCCCCACAGGCCUCUGAGUCUCUAACCUCCUGCUGUCUGCGCUGUGGUGCUCGCUCCCUCCCCUCUACAGACUCCGUCGUCCUGCAGGGCCUCCUCCGCAGCGUCCCCUCUCUUUGCAAUGUGAGCCUGUCUGGGUCCAGACCUCUGUCCUCUGGCCCAGAGAUGCGUGAGCAUGCUAUCAAAGGUAGUGGGUCCAUGACAAAAGUGGCCACUCUCCUUCUCUACCUUCUUUGCCUAGUUGGCUCACCUUGGUGUAAAAAUUCUGCCCAUCCUAAGGAAAGUCCUAAUUCCCAGCAAUGACCUUAUUACGGCCAGCUGCCUUCCAGAACAGCGAAGCCCUCAGCACCCAGCCUAGAGUCUCAUGGUCCCCUGACUUUACCUUUGAAGAAAAUGUCAGAGUGAUCUCUUUGUAGAACGAUUCCACGAAUAUUCAUCCUACCUCACAGAUUGUAAGCUCCCUCCCAAGUCACCAUCAAGUGAAAGAAUAAAUUAAUGACAGAAAGAGCAUCCUCCGCAGAAGAAACCAAAUGUUCAAAACACAGAGGUGGGGGGAAAACCAUGACAUAAUCAGGAAACAAAUAGUAGUUUAAAAUGUCUGC